AUGGUGGACGCUUACCUGCGACGCCUGUUUUUCGUGCAGAUGGUCGCCUGGUUGUGUUUCGCACCAGCCUCUUGCACGGAGCCUCACGGUACCGACGGAGGCCUGGUUCGGCUGCACCCUCAGACGCUACGCCCAACCGACUUGCCGCUGCCGCCCUUCACGGAAAUUCACACGGAUGAUGCGCAAUGCACCGCCAAACCGCCACCUGAUCUGCCCCGCUUCGCCCCCUCCCGGAUGUCACGUGCCAACCACGUCACCGAUCCGACGCCGCCAAUUCACCGCCAAGAUAAAAGCCCGAACAUCACCCAUGGUCCCACCAAAGGUCGCCUGGUUGUGUUUCGCACCAGCCUUCUGCACGAGCCUCACGGUACCCACGGAGGCCUGGUCCGGCUGCACCCUCGGCCGCUACGCCCAACCGACUUGCCGCUGCCGCCCUUCACGGAAAUUCACACAGAUGAUGCGCAAUGCACCGCCAAACCGCCACCUGAUCUGCCCCGCUUCGCCCCCUCGCGGAUGUCACGUGCCAACCACGUCACCGAUCCGACGCCGCCAAUUCACCGCCAAGAUAAAAGCCCGAACAUCACCCAUGGUCCCACCAAUGGUCGCCUGGUUGUGUUUCGCACCAGCCUCCUGCACGAGCCUCACGGUACCGAUGGAGGCCUGGUCCAGCUGCACCCUCAGCCGCUACGCCCAACCGACUUGCCGCUGCUGCCCUUCACGGAAAUUCACACGGAUGAUGCGCAAUGCACCGCCAAACCGCCACCUGAUCUGCCCCGCUUCGCCCCCUCCCGGAUGUCACGUGCCAACCACGUCACCGAUCCGACGCCGCCAAUUCACCGCCAAGAUAAAAGCCCGAACAUCACCCAUGGUCCCACCAGUGGGCUCGACAACACGUCAAGGAUGGCGGACGCUUACCCGCGACGCCUGUUUUUCGUGCGGAUGGUCGCCUGGUUGUGUUUCGCACCAGCCUCCUGCACGAGCCUCACGGCACCGAUGGAGGCCUGGUCCAGCUGCACCCUCGGCCGCUACGCCCAACCGACUUGCCGCUGCUGCCCUUCACGGAAAUUCACACGGAUGAUGCGCAAUGCACCGCCAAACCGCCACCUGAUCUGCCCCGCUUAG